CUACUAAGAUACUAUAUCCUAUCUCUGCCGGAUUAUACAUUCUACCGUCGUAUCUACCAUCAUAUAUACAAUCUACACAAUCUACUGGCAGCAGAAUGCAUGUUUUGCCAAAUUCGUAAUCUUUUGGAAAAUAUUCCUUAAAUCUCUCCAAAAUCUGUUGAAAAAUAUUAUGUGAAUCUUUAUUUUCUCAAAUUUUACGUGUUUACUAAAGUUAUUUUUUUUUUAAAUAACUGUGAUCUCUCUUCCUCUUCACAAGUUCUUGAUUAAUUUUGAAACCACCCCAAAAAUUUGAAUCCCUUGUUGCUUAUGUGAUGUCUGGUGGUGGCAUAACCUUCAAGAAAUUCAAGCCAACGAUUAGGAGCAAGCGUUGCUUUCUCCUGUUCCCUGUUCAAGGCUCUGAGAGAAAGGGGCUCGUUAGCGUUGAAGUCAAGAAGAAGAAAGGCCAGUAUGACAUGAAGCUUUUGGCGGUGGACAUCCCCAUGGCGUCUGGUCCUGACCAACGGUUGUAUCUGAUUGGAGAUGAAGAAGGGUACAAAGACGGUGGCGGUUUGAUCUCUGAGCUAAGAGACCCUGUUGUGAAAGUCAUGGCAGCGACUAAGGAGUUCGAUAAUCUUGACAGAAUUGAAGAGGAAGAAGAUGCUGAAAGAGAGCUUCAAGAAGCUGAAAGAAAGCACCGUGAGGAGAUUGAGAAGCUCGAAAAAGAGAGCUCUUAAAAUUCGUUUUUAUUUCCCUGGACUACUUGAACAACAACAGCUUGUAUCACCAAAGACUCUCUUUUGUCUUGUAUCAGAGUAUGCUACACUGAUCUGUGAUC